CUUGUAUGUGCUGUUGGCAGUCAAGAGCCUUCACAAUUUUGGUUCUUCGUUUACCGACCGUUUUCCCAUUUUGCAGCUGUCGUGCAAAGCUACUGCUGCUUUGGGAUGUCCGGGUGCUCCUCCUGACUUGCAUUUAAUGGCAGCAACGGAUGGAGAGGUUCUGGAGCGUGACAACAGCGGGCCGAUGACAGUGCCUCAACCGCAAUAUGAUCCUUAUUUUUCUGCAAACGAAAAGAUUGUCCAAGAUUUGUUGUUUGAUGAAAAGCGCUAUCACAGCACACCAGGUUAUUGCGUCCGUCAGCCCUUAGCUGUCGCCAAGUGGAUGAGAAGAGCGCUUCUUAACUGGCUGCGUGAUGUAUCUAUUCACCGUCAAACCGAUGCUGGUGUUCUAGCUCAAAGUGCUCAACUCAUCGAUCGUUAUCUGCACGUCGUUCUCACGGAUAGAAGGGAGUAUCAACUCGUUGGAGCCACUUGUUAUUUUAUUUCCAGUAAGCUGAAGGAAAGUGUUCAAGUCCCACUGAAUGAAAUGGUGAGGUAUACGGACUAUUCCGUGACUCAUGAUGACAUCCUGGCGAAAGAGUUGACUAUUUGCUUAUCCCUUAUGUGGGAUCUGACUUGCAUUACUCCUGUCGAUUUUAUCGCACCGGUGGUCGACUUUCUGGAAUUUGUACCCAGUCUGAAACAAAUCAUUCGCCAGGCAGCCUUGAAUGUAUACAUCAAAGUCUUUCAUGUUGACGAUCUGGGUACGUUUUUGCCAAGCUACUUAUCUGCCGCAUGUAUCCUCUAUGCAUUGAAUUUGACCGUUCAUCCUGAUCUCAGUGACGUUGCUCUCCGCUCUGUCACACGCAUCCAACAACUUCUGCGACUUGAUGCUCGCAAAAUACGUGAAGUUUAUCAGCAACUACAAGCAUGCUUUGAACCGGGUACUGUUCAACUCUCCGAGUUGGUCCGCAGGGCUGAUAGCCACCCACCCACCAGUACCGAACCCAAUGUCCCAACAGUUGUUGCCCAAUCAUUGCAAAUGUAGUUGCUAAUAUUAUUACUACCCUGUUUCUAUUUAAACAAGCGGCAGGCUCAAUGUGCUUCCAUAGAUGCUGGGAAUAAUCGUACACGAUUGGGCUAUUCACAACUAGUCACCAUGGUAAACCGAGAGCGUGGAUGCGUUACAAAAGCUGAUCAACAGGAAGUUAGUCAUGUAGCCAUGCUUACUCUUUGUCCACUCAAGAUGGCCACACCUCGUAGGGAUAACAGGGGCGAUCACUGGGAUCGGAAUGCUUGACCUGAGAGGUCUUCAACUGCACAGUAGACUAUGGCACUAAUUGGAAUAAUCAUGGAUCACCCGAAGCGUUUCCUUCUUUGAUUACAUUCUGCAGUUGUGGCGAUCUGCUGUCUUCGCGUGUUCUUGUGGGUUUAUGACAGUGUUAUUCCUGUUUCUAUUCGUAUUCAUAGUCAGUCGUUUCACUCGCCUGGAUUUCCGUUAUCUCUACUUCCGCUUUCAAUCUCCUCACUACCACAAAUCGGCAAUUUCGAGAGUUUUUCAACGGAUUUCUUCAAUGUCACCACCAGCCUUUCUGCAGUUAGAUGACCGUGCUCCUAUCACCUCUCACUUCGAGUUUCUGUGUGCUUUGCUUCUUUUUAUUCCACUGUGCCAUGGUUUGAUAAUACACCUGUUUGGCUCCCAGUCUCUUUGA